UCAAGUGAAUCAAUCAUUGAAGCUGAAUCUCAUUCUACCAAAAACUUUCCCAAAUCUUUCAUUACACACACACAAACUUUUCCAUCACCUCCUUCAAGAGACAAUCCAUAUCAAAACUCUUUUUCUCUUCCUCAGAAGUUCUUCAAGUUCUUCACGUUCUUCAACUUCUUCAACUCUUAUCGGAAAAGGUCCACCAAAACACGAUUGACUAUUCACGAUAACCUCUUAUCGCCCACCGCCCACGAGAUUUUUUCCCCAAGAGCUUCAACCUUCCAACUUUCAACGCGUUUUGGCGCGAUUUCUUUUUGGACUUUAAAGUGCUCCACUAUUGAAAAAGCAAAAGCAAUUAGCUUUCAAUAGUGCGCCGAACCAAUUGCACUUCUUCAUUCUACUCAAUGCCGUUGAUUUUUGGCCUUGUCUCUCUUCUUUGCAUAUCAGCACACUUCUGCUGUUUCGCAUAAGCUUAACUUCUUGAAGGCAUCAUAAAAGAAUUCACGAUGAAUUCCUUGCUUGAUCCCCCCGCCUCUCCCGGCUUUUCACUUAGAGUCAAAGUAUUCACACCAGAUGCGGCAGAGGAGAAUGAUCGUCCAAUCCGUUGCUUUCGUGUUAUUACUUCACCGAAUAUUACCAUCAGAGAGUUUUGCACAGAAGCUUCAAGAGUUCACGAAAUCAACUAUGGCCAACCACUUGCGAUUAAAAAGUGUAUGGACGAUGAAUUAUUUGACGUUACUCAGAACGAUCUGAUAGGACCUCUAUUUACCAAUAUGUCUACGAUUCGAAUCAUAAAAGCUCCUAAUAAACCAAAUGUUCGAGACUCACUUCCUCCAACGUCAGCUCUUCGUUUCAACCCAAUAAGUGUUCUUGGUCAGAAGAGAGAUAGGUCACCUAUAAAUGGAGCUGCCGAAUCAUUUUGGAAUCCACAAAAACGCCAGAGAACGGCCAUAGAUCCAGACAAACCAAUUCCUUCUCGAGAAGUAGAUUCAUAUACUAGUGGAAGGUUGGAAGGUAUCCCAGAGAACCCAGAAGCCACAAUUCCCGAUUCGCAACAGAGUGCGAUAUUGGGUCAUGAGGACGAGGACAAUGAUUUUGUGCCAAACGUAAGAGAGGAUUCUCCCAUGAUCUCCGACAUCCCACCCCCGUCAUCUCCAUCGCUAGUGAAGAGACGUUUUGUCCACCAAAGUCAUGCCAUAACUAAUUAUAUCACUAAGUUGUCUACCAAGAAUACCACUGCGCAACCCAACAGCGACCCGAAAGAAGUUGUAAGUCCAAUCAAAGAACCCCCGCCACGGAAGCAGGGCACACCAAAGGACAUUACAGGAGCAAAAAGUGCAAGCUAUCACAUUCAGAGAGCGACCGAUAGGGGUCGGUCCGUUUCGACGACUGCGACAAGUCCAAUGGCAAAUGAACCUCAACUUCCUCCCCAUCCUAACUCAAGUUCCAUGAAGAAAACAAAGACUUCGGGAACAAUUCUGCCAGCCGCGAAAUCAAGCAAAUCGAAGAGUCGAUCGCCUAGAAACGAGGGGGAUAUCUAUGAUGACUUUGGCUCGGAUUCUGAAGAGAUAAAGGUUCCGCAAUCAAAACUUAAACUCAAAAAAUCCUCAUCGGCAGGAUUACCCGGUCUUGAGAGGUUAGCGAACUCACCCUCGAACCAAAAUCGUCAUCCUUCCAAGACCUUUGAAUCUGUUUCAACUCCUCAUGAGCUGCCCUUGACGCCAAAGAGUAGAAUACGCGAUGAGGAAUUGCGUCAGAAGAAAAAAAGUGAGGAGGCAGCAAAAGAGGCGCGGACUGCGGCGGCAAAAGCUGCCGAGGAACGUCGACGUGGAUCCGAAAGAGAAGCCGUGGCUGCAAAGGCCGAGCGAAUGCGUAAAGAGAAAUCAGAGGAACUCAAGGCAGAGGAGAAGCAGAAGCAAGCCACAAGAAAGCAAAAAGAGGAAGCUGCUCUCUUAGCUCAGAGGCUGAAGGAUGAGAAAGAGAAACUGCGCAAACAGAUCGAAGAAGAUGACAGAAUAGAGAAGCAGAAGGCCGAAGAGGAGGCAACGAAAAAGGCUGAGGAAGAGUCUAGAAAGUCAGAAGCUCUUGAAGGCUCUAAGAGAGCAUCCGAAACUCCACAAGGAAGCAGGAAAGGGACCCCGGUCUAUAAACGCAGUACUCCCAGCGUGAUCCUCCCACGCCAGUCUUCCACGCCUCAUUAUCCAAGAGGAAAGAAGUCAUCUUUGAAAACAUCACGUUCUUCCGAAAGUGUAUUAAGUUCUUCACCUGGAGCCCCAGCUCCUAAGGACACCAGUCUGGAAGCUCAGAUGCCAUUACCGUCCAAGAGUCCUAGGCGAGUCUCCUUUGACCUUGAUAAGGCGAACACUCCUGUAAAGCCACAGCUCAAGAACACAGCUUCAGUCGGUACGCUAAAAGAGAAAACAACACCCACGCUUGCUUCUAAUCAGACUUCAGGCCCAAAUCAAACACCUAUUCCUCUACCCAGAACAUUCAAGCGCCCUGGACCUGAUCGUGGUGCGACUCCAGUCAGACAGCCAUCGCUAAAACCAUCUGCUAUGAGUCAACCGCCAUUGAUAGCGGGUCGGGCAAGUUCGGUGGCACGAUCUGCAACACCCAAGCCUAUCCCUCAACCGGCACCCAAAGACAUUUCUACCGAGAAGAAACCCCUGGAAAGAAAGACCAUUACACCGGAACCAAAAAAAGUAACGGCAUCUACACCCGGCCGUCCAAUCCCUGUCAAAGAGAAACCAAUGUCGCCACCUAAGCCUGCUACUGAGAUUCCACUCCCUCCAAGUUCAGACAGUUCCAGUUCUGAAGAUUCUGAUUUUGCAGAAGAGGUCAUAAUCAAGCAAGAGCCAAAGAGAUCCAUUAGUCCUCCAAAUCGACAAAUCGAAGAAUCAAAUAAUCCCAACGACCAAUCAGAUGAGGAUGUUGGAAUGGGUGAGGAUCAAUCAUCACCACGGGAUAGUCGAUCUCCAGUCGUCUUCCAUUCCAAUGCGCCAUCCGGCGAUGAGCGUAAAUCCCUCAACAAGCACACUCAGAGUUCAGCUUCUUCAUCAGAGGAUGAGUCAUCUAAUGAAGAAGAUUCUGGAGACGACGCUUCGGACAAGGGAAAUGAUCCUAAGGUUAAAACAGAAAUUAAAGAGACCCAAGACAGUUCAGAAGAUGAAGGUGAAGAUGGUAGUGAUGAUGAGGAUGUGAAGAUGCCAGAUGCUCCAACUCAACGGCUAAGCCCGGAUUUGCCAAGCCAUGCCCGGAGAAAUAUGGUCUCUCCUUUUGAGACCACAAAUCAACGUAAGAACUCCAGCAGCGAUGAGGAUAAUACCCAAGACGAAGUUGAUCAACAACUAACAUCUGACAUCUUCGAAGCUCAAGGUCCAUCAUUCUCUUCACCCCUCAAGCGACCGAUCAUUAGACCAACGAUUGGUUUCGGCGCAAGUUUAUCAUCUCUGAAUAGUCAGAAAGAAACCAUGUUCAAACCUAGACCUUUGCCAAAUGGUCAACUCGCCAAAUCAAAAUUACAACUUUCAUCUCAAUUAUUGAACAAAGAUUUCUCAGAAUCGGAGGACGAUGAUGAGAGUAGUAGUGAUGAUAGUUCUGACGACGAUGAUGUUCCAGUUCCAGCAAGCUCAAAAAUUCCUUCUUUAACUCAAAGUAAUGGUUUGGUUGCCUCAGCAGCCAUUGCCGCCGCUGUAGCUAAGAGAAUUAAAGAUGCUGGUAGUGAUUCAGAUUCAGAUUCUGACAAUAGUUCGGAUGAAGCAAUGGAAGAAGCGAGAAAAUCAUUAAUGGCGCAGGUUAACCAAUACGGAAUGAGUGCUAGUCAAAAUACUUUACCGCAGGGAUCGCAAAUCUCGGUUAAUGGUGGGGCACAAAAAGACAACGGAAAAGGGGGUGCAGUGCUUGGCAGGACGAAUGGAAAUGCAAAGAAUUCGAGAAGUGCGGGGAAAGAAAUCGUUAAAAAGGGAAAGGACAGGAUUACGAACGGGUAUGAUUUUAAGAGUUAUGGAUCUUUCAAUUGAAAUGUUGGUGGCGGAGGUCGAUUAAAUAUGGGAUGGUGAGGGUGUGAGCGCUUCAAGGGGACAUACGACAUUAAGCGUUAUUUGUGCAUAAUUAUGGGGUGAGCUGAGCGGAAGGGGGGGAUGCACACUUUUUGUUCAUGAUCAGAAAGAUUACGUUUGCAGAGAUGAUAUCCGGUUGAUUUUUUUUCUUCCUUCAGGAGGUAUUUGCACAAUGGUAUGGUGUGUGGGAGUUUGGAUUCAUUUCCAAGAAAGAAAAAAGGGAAUUUUCCUUCAUUGGUUAAUACUUCGCAUUUGUGUGUGUUUAUCGCGUUGAUGAGGACGGAUGGAUAUAUGGGUGGUGUGUUUGGGUACAUGUCUUUUGUUUAUAGAGUGGCAGUUAGGGGAGGAAGGGGAAGUGUCUAUGAGCAGUUGAAACAGUGGAAAGAGGACGUUAAUAUGAUGAUUUUAAUGAUCUGGAAAGGAAAAAUGAUGACUGGAUGGUGGUGGUGGUGGUGGCGGUGAGUUACAUAAAUGGGUAGAUAGGUAGAUGAGGUUGAUAAAAUAUGUAAUAUGUAGGUAUCUCGAAUAGAUAUUAUGAUACU